AUGGCUCAGCAAGGCGCAGGGUUACCGGGUGCCGUACCUCCUCCGCCGACCGCCGCAUCUACCGUGCAGGCGCCGUCCGGUGAUUUAGCAGCAAUCACAUUGACAAGCAAGAUCCCUGAAUUCUGGACAGAUGCUCCUCGCAUCUGGUUUAUUAGAGUGGAGGCGAUGUUGGCACCGCAAAAAUUAGCAGACGACUCUAGGUUCGAUAUCGUGGUCUCCAAGCUUUCUAAAGACGCCAUACAGCAGGUCUCGGAUUUGUUGACUAAUCCGCCCGCCACGAAGAAGUUUGACUCGUUGAAGCAGCGUCUCCUGGCUAUCUAUGAAGAGUCCGAGAGCAGGCAGCUGCAGAAGCUCAUCAGCGAAAUGGACCUAGGGGACCAGAAGCCGUCGCAGCUCCUACGACGUAUGAGGGAGCUGGCUAAAGGAAAGGUUCCGGAUGACACCCUGAAGAUCCUCUGGCAGGGCCAUCUGCCGCCGCAAGUGCGUGCUGUGCUGGCCGUUUCCGACACCAAGGAUCUGGAUAACCUGGCAGCUGUGGCGGACAAGGUCUUCGAGACGACGAGAGCAGUGCACGUAAGUGAAGUCGCUUCGCAGCCGUCGGCAACUAGUUCGAGGGAUACCGAUCUGCUGAUGGCCGAGAUAGCCAAAAUAAGCAUGAAGCUGGCAGGCAUGGCAGGAUCUCAGCAGAGGUAUCGGCGUCAGCAGCGUUUUGGCGGCAAUCGGUCGCGCUCUGCGUCGAGGAAGAGGACUCGUGACCCGACACCGUCGACAUCUCGCCGGAAUCCAGAGAGCCCCGACUGGUUGUGCUUCUACCAUCAUCGUUUCCGUUCGAGGGCUCACAAGUGCGUCGAGCCAUGUGCGUGGAAACCUCGAGCAGACAACAAUUGA